AGUAUGAAAAACAACAGGGCGUGGAACUGUGGAGUAGUGUCGAUUGUAUUUGUAGAGCGAUAUUUGUAUUAGGCAAGGUAAUCCCUGUGAUUUAGCGGUAUAUUAUUUCGCCCUGUUCCACUUUAAAAAGCACAUCUCUGACAAAUCACAAAAUCAAACUAAAACGAGACCAGCACAUGUUUCUGUGCUGCUCUUCAAUCUACCACCUCCCCUCCCUGAUUCCUUUGGAGUGACAGCAGCAAUCGCCCAAUCAGCUGGUGAACAGCUGGCCCACGACUGCUCGCAGCUCCAAUGAGUGAGGAGCUUCGCGGUUUCGAGCCGGGUUUGUGCAGUCAGCAGGUUAGGAUGAGCUGCUGGCUUGGAUGACAGUGUUUUGCUGGAGCAAGAAAAUCGACAUCUGGUAUACUUUUUAAAUACAAGGCUUUUGGCGAUAGAGAGGAAUUAAUUUCAAUUAUUGUUAAACCGCUGGGCAAGAAAUAAUUUAUUUUAACCACGUUAACGUUAGUUAUCACAGGUUCAUGGGCCCUACCGAGAGAGGGUUAGUGCUGAUAUCUUUACCGGUGGCCUGUGUUCGGGAUGCUAGUAUUAAAUAGUGUUUCUACAAAAUAAUACAUAGCUGCGCUGCUGUUUAAUUGAAGUAUAUGUUUAUGCACGUAUACGCUUUUUUUGGUUUGUGUGUUUUAAAAAGUUGUUAAUAAAGUUUAGAAUUAACGCUGUAUGCAAACUUUAAGGAAAAUUAUCUUGAGAUAAUAUAUAUUUUUUUCAACCGUAUUGCCUCAGUGUGGGCAAAUUUUAAAACAGUGCACCAUCUCAGACUAAACACGUUUUGAGCUAUACUAUAGAGCCAGACUUGUUCAACCUGCUUUUAAAGGUAAACUCAUCACGUUUCAUUGGUGAUUUGCCCCUUAGUUUCACAAGUGAAGCUCUGUGCUAGUUGCACAUUCAGUACUUCCUACUAGUUAAAUUAUCAUAGAUUGCAAAACAAUUACCACUUAAACGUCAUCAUACAAGUUAGCACGUCACAAACUAGUUAGGGUUUGCGUUAAGCAGCUUGCUCUCCCGCCUGGUUUAAUCCCCAUCCCGGCUCGGGUUCGACCCAGCAGCAUGCCGGUGACCAACAAAUACAUGGGCGCCUGCGCUGAGGCCGCGCAGCCAUCACAACCAGAGCCCAAUGAAGAUCCAGUGCAGCCCCUGGCUGAAGCGAGAGACGAAGGGGCGUCUGGGGAUAGAGGUGUCGGCGAAAGCCCUGGGGACUCUGAGAUUGUCAAAUCGCCAAGUGAUCCCAAACAUUACAGGUAUAUUAAAUUGGACAACGGCCUGCAAGCUCUCCUGAUCUCAGACUUGAGAGGCACAGACGGGAAGCCGUCGGACUCUGAGGAGGAAGAGGGCGACUCGGAGGAAGACAGCAGCGGGGAGGAGGAAGUGGCGGAAGAGGACGGUGACUCUGGGGAGGGAACUGAAGAAGAAUCAGAGCACGAAGAGGAUGAGCAGGACAGUGACUUUGAAGAGCUGGAAGAUGAGAGUGAUGUGAAGAAGAAAAAGAGCUGUUCUGAAAAACAGUCCGCAGCUGCCCUCUGUGUUGGAAUCGGAGGUUUCAGUGACCCAGAUGACCUGCCGGGGCUGGCACAUUUUCUUGAACACAUGGUGUUCAUGGGCAGUGAGAAGUACCCGGCUGAGAACGGUUUUGACGCUUUCCUGAAGAAGCACGGCGGCAGCGACAACGCCUCCACAGACUGCGAGAGAACUGUGUUCCAGUUUGACGUGCAGAGGAAAUACUUCAGGGAGGCACUGGACAGGUGGGCUCAGUUUUUCAUCUCUCCGCUGAUGAUCAAGGAUGCCAUCGGCAGGGAGGUGGAGGCUGUGGACAGCGAGUACCAACUUGCCAGACCAUCUGAUAGCCAUAGGAAAGAGAUGCUCUUUGGAAGUCUAGCCAAGCCUGGGCACCCUAUGGGCAAGUUUUGCUGGGGGAACGCACAGACUCUGAAACACGAGCCAAAGGAGAAGAACAUUGACAUCUACGCUCGGCUUAGAGAGUUCUGGGAGCAGCACUACUCUGCCCACUACAUGACCCUGGCUGUGCAGUCUAAAGAGACUCUGGAUACACUGGAAGAGUGGGUGAGAGAGAUCUUCAGCAAGAUUCCAAAUAAUUCUUUGCCCAAGCCAGACUUUUCUCAUCUAGUUGACCCAUUUGAUACGCCAGCCUUUAACAAACUGUACAGAGUUGUACCUGUCCGGAAGAUUCAUGCCCUCACUAUCACCUGGGCACUCCUUCCCCAGGAACAGCAUUACAGGGUGAAGCCGCUGCACUUCAUCUCCUGGCUGAUUGGUCACGAGGGUACAGGUAGCAUUCUGUCCUUGCUCAGGAAAAAGUGCUGGGCUCUUGCUUUGUACGGAGGGAACAGUGAGACUGGUUUUGAUCAGAACUCCACCUAUUCUAUCUUCAGCAUCUCCAUCACUCUGACUGAUGAAGGUUACCAGAAUUACUACCAGGUUGCUCACUUAGUGUUCCAGUAUCUGAAAAUGCUUCAGAAGAGUGGCCCCCAGCAGAGAAUCUAUGAUGAAAUUCAGAAGAUUGAGGACAAUGAAUUCCAUUACCAGGAACAGACUGAUCCCAUUGAUUACGUAGAGAAUGUAUGUGAGAAUAUGCAGCUCUUCCCAAAGCCAGAUAUUUUGACUGGAGACCAGCUAAUGUUUGAGUAUAAACCCGAGGUUAUCUCUGCUGCCCUGAACUUGCUCUUACCAGACAAAGCCAACCUGCUGCUGCUGUCUCCCAACAACGAGGGCAGCUGCCCACUGAAGGAGAAAUGGUUUGGAACCCAGUACAGUGUGCAAGAGAUAGAGAAGGAGUGGAGUGAGCGGUGGUCUGGAGACUUUGAACUGAACCCUGACCUGCACUUGCCAGCCGAGAACAAGUUUAUUGCCACGGAUUUCAACCUUAAGACAUCCGAUUGUCCAGACACAGAGUACCCGGUCAGAAUCGUCAACAACGAGAAAGGCUGCUUGUGGUACAAGAAAGACAACAAGUUUAAGAUUCCUAAGGCUUAUAUUAGAUUCAACCUAAUCUCCCCACUGAUCCAGAAAUCUCCAGAGAACCUGGUUUUAUUUGACAUCUUUGUCAAUAUUCUGGCACACAACCUGGCAGAGCCUGCCUAUGAAGCUGAUGUUGCACAGCUGGAGUACAAAUUAGUGGCUGGAGAGCAUGGAUUUGUCAUUAAAGUCAAGGGAUUUAACCAUAAACUACCUCUGUUGUUUAAUCUGAUUAUUGACUAUCUGGCCGAUUUUACUGCUGCACCCGAUGUCUUCUCAAUGAUCUCUGAGCAACUGAAGAAAACUUACUUCAACAUCCUCAUCAAACCAGAUAAACUGGGCAAGGAUGCCCGGCUGCUGAUCCUGGAGCACUCGCGCUGGUCCAUGAUCCAGAAGUACCAGGCCAUCAUGAAGGGCCUCAGCGUGGAGUCACUCAUGUCCUUCGUUGUCAAGCUCAAGUCUCAGCUGUACGCAGAGGGGAUGGUGCAGGGGAACUUCACCAGCAGAGAAGCAAUGGAGUUCCUGCACUAUGUUAUACAGAAACUGCAGUUCCAGCGUCUGUCUGUAGAGGUCCCUGUUCACUUCAGAGUGGUGGAGUUACCAAAGGUGCCCCACCUGUGUAAAGUGAAGUCUUUGAACAAGGGGGAUGCCAACUCUGAGGUCACUGUUUACUAUCAGUCGGGCCCCAGGAACCUGAGGGAGCACACCUUGAUGGAGCUGCUUGUGAUGCACAUGGAGGAGCCUUGCUUUGACUUUCUGAGAACGAAGGAGACUCUUGGGUACAAUGUCUACCCCACCUGCAGAAAUACUUCAGGGGUUUUGGGAUUCUCUGUUACUGUGGAAACCCAGGCAACCAAAUUCAACACCGAGGAAGUUGACAAAAAAAUCGAAGAAUUUCUCACCAGCUUCGGAGAGAAGAUAGCGAGCCUCACAGAUGAAGCAUUCAAAACACAGGUGGUUGCCCUGAUCAAGCUGAAGGAGUGUGAGGACACUCACCUGGGCGAGGAGGUUGACAGGAACUGGUUUGAAGUCGUCACUCAGCAGUAUGUGUUUGACCGGCUAAACCGUGAGAUCGAGGCCCUCAAGUUGAUCACAAAGUCAGAGCUGGUAUCCUGGUUCAUGGAGCACCGCGGGGCAGGCAGCAAGAAGCUGAGCGUGCAUGUGGUUGGAUAUGGAGAGAAGGAGAAGGAUAAGGAUACUGCCAGCAGCUCCAGUCCUCCAGAUUCGCAGAGCUCCUCUUAUGGAGAGGUGUCCCAGCUGACAUUCCUUCCUGUCUCCCCGAUCAUGGCAGACGUGACCGCAAUCGCUGACAUCCGCGCCUUUACCUCCACCCUGCACGUCUACCCCUUCCACAAGAUCCUCAAGUAGAGUGCCUGCUCACCCUGGCAGCCAGGCACAGGCUACACAGCUCCUCAAAGAUCAGCAUUCCUCAGCGUGCAACAAAAUGCUAGCUAGUAUCUGGCAACUCAGCGAAAUUAAAACAUUGUCUUCUAGGCACAUUGACCUUUCUCCUUCCUCUCCUCGUGCUGUGAAUUAUAAUCUUUUUUAAUUAGAAAGUGGCAAGUUUUUGCUGUGCAGCCCUGCUUGCUUCGGGGAUCUACUUCCUCAGGGAUGAGAUUGGGGAGGGGAGGGAGGAUGGGUCAGGAUUAAUCUAGAGGGGUGUUGAAAACAAUAUAUGAUAAACCAGGAGCAGAUUUUGACAUGCUGCAGUGUUUCGACAGCGACUGUUGAUACUACAUUAAAAAAAGGGUGCUGUUGAAGUAUUAUUUUUUUUUUUUUGUGGGACUAUAUUGAGUAAGCUUUGGUCAGUAUCUGUGUAAUGCCAGUGCACUUUCAUUAGAAAGCUUGUGCUGAAGUUACCAGGAUUGAACCACCCUGCUGAAGUUACCGGGAUUGAACCACCCCACUAAAGCUGAUGAAUCUAAGGUUUUCAACUCCACUUCAAUGCUGUCUCUUCUAAACCAGAAUUAAGGAAAAACCUUUGCUGUGUCACGUGCUUUAUGCUUCAUUUUAUCAAGGUGUUCAUCAAAGCUGGUUUUAAGUUUCUUACAGUUCUCAUGGUUAUGAGAGUUUUCCUUGCUGCUGUGAUCUUGUAUGCCCAUGUAUGCUGAUGCUGGUAAUUGGAUUGAGAUACUUUCAGAUUCAAAACACAAGGACUUUUAAGAACCAUCACCAUUUAAUUUGUAAUCAAUAAAAAAAAUCCUAGGUAACUCCA